CGCCGACGCUUUGGGGCUCCCCCUCACCCGCCUGCGGCAAUACCGGCCCUGGGACCCCCGGGGACGAGGGGGGGGCCCGGGGGGGGGCAGCGGGGGUUUUGGGGGACCCUCCCAGGGUGGGGAGGGGGGCGCGGGAGGGGAGCAGCCCCCCGGGAGCUGGAUGAGGCCUGGGAAGGGCAGGCCGCAGGAGGUAGAGGACACGCAGCCCCCACCCCCCGACUGCAGCACAGAGCCUGACCCCUCCCCAACACCCCCCCUGGAUGCGGAGCAGCCCCCGGUACAGGGCGCCGAGGAGGAGGCGGUGGCGCGGGAGCUGGAGCAGCUCUACCUCUCCCACCUCCGCCGGCUUCGGGGGGAACCCGGUGACAACGGGGGCCCCCCCCCGAGAAACGGGGGGCCCCCUUUACCCGAACGAGCCCCCAACACCUCGUUAGCUAACGAGAUGGCAUUGCGUUAUGAGGCGGGGUGGGGUCGCCGCAGCCCCCCGGUUUUGUUAGGGGGGGGGGGCCGGUGGAGGGGGCUUUGGUGGUACCGGCAAGGCCCCCCCGGGGGCGGGGGGGAGGGUUGGGGGGGGGCCCUGAGGGGGUGCGGGGUGGUUUUGGCCUUGGCCGUGCUGGUGCCGGUGGCUUGGGGGGACGGGGGGGGCCCCACGGCCGCCCUGGCCCUAGGGCUCUACCUGGCACUGGCCUGGCUGACGUGAGGGGGGGCACCCCAAAUUUUCACCCAGUUUGUGUGCAUCCCCCCCCCCCACCCCGGGUUUUGGGGCACCCCUGUGUACAUACAGCCAUAGAA